AUGCCCCACACUCCUCCCUUUCUGACCAAGACGAUGGAGAAGCCCUUGCAGUUCGUCCUCACUAACCCUGAUAUCUUUGAAUCCUCUCGAACACGACCCGAUGCUUCGUCCUCAGCACCGUCACAGAAACAGACACAGUGGGAGCCUAUAGUGCGGAACCUGCUGAAGAAGCUACCGCAGAGCGAACAGGCUUGGGACCGAAUCCUACAUACACAGGACGAUGUGAACAAAACACUGCAGCGGCUCAUCCUCUCACACCUCAGUCUGGAAGAAAAGGCCGCCCUAAGUUGGAAGGACCUCUUCAGCGAGUGUGCGAAGCAUUUGGAGCUGCUCGCUCAGGACAAAACAGAAGAGAAUCUCAUUGAACUCUUCAGGUUGGCCGUCAUUGGCCUGUCGGAUGUGGCGAUAAAUGAACGUCAUCCACGAGACGAAAUAUACGAGUGUUUGAGGCUGUGUCUGCAGCGUUCUUGCAAGCCAGGACAGCAGCUUGGUGAUGAGAGUCUUCGGCAAAUUGGCAAUGCAAUGCGCCGAGGCGUCCAAUUCGUUGAGGACUUCACGGACAUCCUUGGACCACGUUCGAACGAGCUUCCUUUACACGUGAAAUACUGGAGGACAACAUUCCAGCAUUAUCAUGCCCAAUCCAGACAGUAUGUAGCCGAACGAAAGUCUACCGUGUAUCGCCCGGAGAAGCAGCUGCAAUCAGGGUGCCUGUCGGUUAUCAACGUGGUGUAUCUGCUACUUGGCGGUGAGUGUAGUGGACGAAGUCCUCGUGCGAUUCGUGACAUCUUGCUUCCAGACACAACUUUGGCAAGCUGGCAAGAUUCCAGCUCCCCUUCCGGGUCGUCGUUGCAGAGUUGCAACCAGAUAUCUUCUGCGCCACGCCGAGGAGCGUUCGUGAAGUUCUUUGCCUUAGGACACCGUGCUAUUGGACUUAAACAGGCCGCUAUAUCCGUCAUUUUGACCGACGUCAUCAUCUCACAUCCUCUCCAGACAGCCAAAGGCCUUUACUCAUACGGGCAUCCCCUGGCUUCUCAAAAAUACUUCAACGCUGCCGUCACGGAGAAGGCUACCGAGAUCGAGCGCUGGAUGUCGAAGCACGGGAGGAAAAUCGAAAAUCUCUUCAAUCUGCGCGCUGAAGCAUUCCGAAGCGAGCAGGGGACUGCAGCCUGGCCUACCUUGGGGGGCGCACUCGUGCUUCCGCUCACAAACGAAGCCAUUGACAUCAAGCUACUAGAUAGUAACACUGGAACGGCGCGUCGCAAGGUCUGGCUUCCCAAUCGCAUCAUGUACCUGGAGCAUGAGGGGCUCGCUGCUAUCAACGGUAGCAUCCACUACAUUUAUGCCCUCAUUAACCCGCCAAACUAAAUCGCGGGCUCGUCAAGGAGCGCGUCUGCCUGGUCUGGCAAGGCUUGCGCUGGUAUCGUGGAGAGUCCAUGGGACCGUUCAUCGUUAGCUAGAUAACGCGUAUUCUAGUGUCACUCUAAAGACUGCGUGCCCAACGGAUGCUAAAAGCGGAUAGGAAACACCCUAUCGUAAUGACAUCUCUGGCAUACUUCAAGCUC